AGUGCUAUGUGUGGGAUUCUUUUCUCGCUCUGUGCGGCGAACGCGGACUAUGAAACGCUCGAAACUCUGCGAGGGCUCUUCCCGAAACUACAAGAAGUGAUCUGUUCAAGAGGACCCGAUGCUCAGCAUACGACCUAUCUUGAUAUGCUCCACGCGAAGCUCACCUUUUGUGCGUCGGAGCUACGCUUGAGAGGCGAUGUUUUCAUCAAGCAACCUCAUACCAACGAAGAGGGGAACAUACUUUGCUGGAACGGCGAGGUUUUUGAGGGGCUUGAGGUACAAGCCGAGGAAAACGACGGUUCAAAGUUGUUUGAAGCACUGAAAGACGCUAAAGACGAACAAGAUGUUGUCAGUGUUUUCGGCCGUAUAGAGGGACCAUACGCCUUCCUCUACUACCAUAAACGUUCAAACAGGCUAUAUUUCGCCCGAGAUCCACUAGGAAGACGUUCGCUCUUGGUGCAUUAUCCGGACGAGACCCGCCCAUAUUUCCUGCUAUCUUCUGUUUCCGUUGGCAUGCAUCCGGGAUACUCGUUCGAAGAGAUAUCAACGGAGUAUAUAUACUCAAUAGACCUCGACACUCUCAACUCAGAUGGCAUGUUAGGAAUCGGAUCAUGUAUCGCUCGAUUAUCUCGCUCCUCUGAGAAUGACACGUUGCCCUUCGCACAACCACAUUCUGUAAACAGGACGCUCCCAGAUGAUCCGCCGAAGGUUCAAAGCCUAGAUGAUAUUCCGCCCCACCUGGAGGCUCCAGUAGACAGUUUGAUCGCCGAGCUAGACCGGAGUGUCAUGCUCCAGGUCCGAGACAUACCCAGAAGAAAGCAGGCACGAGUGGCUGUCUUCUUUAGCGGAGGCAUCGACUCCACCAUGCUGGCAUACUUAGCCGAUAGGCACGUCGCUCCAGAAGAGCCCAUAGACCUCCUCAACGUCGCCUUUGAGAACCCACGCAAGAUCGCAGUGAAAGUGGAUGGCAACAUCGGCGGCCUCCCGAAACGAGAAAAGAAGCAGAAGCUGCGCGAGCCACUCGACUACUCCACGGUGAAGGUCUCUUUCGACGUACCCGACCGACUCACCGGCUUGCAAGAACUCGAAGAGCUGAGGCGGUUAUGCCCUAACCGCACGUGGAACUUUCUGGAGGUCAACGUGCCGUUCGAGGACUCGCUAAACGCUAGGCCAAUAGUAGAGGCUCUCAUGUUCCCCUCCAGAACGGUAAUGGACAUGAGCCUCGCCAUCGCGCUGUACUUCGCCGCACGCGCUGAGGGUCAGAUUCGCGCACAUCCGGGCGCGGAUUCUACGCCGUACACAAGCCCUGCGAGAGUGUUGCUGAAUGGCUUAGGCUCUGACGAGCUUCUGGGCGGAUACGGCCGCCACCGCACCGCAUUCAAGGCGGCAGGAUGGCAGGCAGUCAUCGACGAGCUUCAGCUCGAGAUCGACCGCAUACCCACGCGGAAUCUGGGUAGGGAUGACCGUGUCAUCUCUUCCUGGGGGAAAGAAACAAGACAUCCGUUUCUGUCUUUGUCGGUCGUCAAUUUCCUCGCUCAGCUGCCGGUUCACUUGAAGAUGGACCCGCGUCUGGAGUCUGGCUUGGGGGAGAAGUUGCUUUUACGGCUCGCGGCACGGAAGGUUGGGCUAGUGGAAGCCAGUUCGAGGAAGAAGAGGGCGAUGCAGUUUGGGAGUCAUUCGGCGCGGAUGGCGCCAGGUGAGGGCGACAAGAAGGGGGAUAUCCUCAUAGAAACCUAG